AUGUCGGGAUACACGGGCGGUAACCGCCAGGGCUACGAGGACGGUUAUGGCCACGGGAACGACCAGCAAGAUCAGUACUAUCAACAUGAUCAACAGUACUAUGACUCCAAUGGCUAUAACCAGGGGCAGCAUGGCGGAGAUGGAUACUAUGACGAAUCCGGCUACUAUAAUGCCGAUCCGAACAACCCGUACCAUCAGGACGGCGGGUAUUACGACAGCAAUGACCACUACCAGGAUGAAUACUAUAACGACGGCACCUACCAUGACCAGGACUACAACCAGGGCUAUGGGGGCGCGGGUGCACGCCAGGGAUCCCACGAGGAUUCCGAGACCUUCAGUGAUUUCACCGCUCGGGGCGCGGAUAUGGACUACUAUGGCCAUGGUGAUGAACGAUAUAACAGUUACAAUGAGGGCCAGAUGGGAAGUCGGGGAUAUCGCCCGCCUUCGUCUCAGAUCUCGUAUGCAAACCGCUCAUCUGGUGCCUCCACACCCAAUUACGGCAUGGACUAUGGGAAUGCGCUCCCCGCCGGUCAACGAUCCCGCGAGCCUUAUCCUGCCUGGACUUCAGAUGCACAGAUACCACUUUCCAAGGAAGAAGUGGAAGACAUCUUUAUUGACCUGACGUCCAAGUUCGGAUUUCAACGAGACAGCAUGCGGAACAUGUACGACCACUUCAUGACACUUCUGGACUCUAGGGCUUCGCGUAUGACUCCAAACCAGGCCUUGCUCUCACUUCAUGCCGAUUAUAUCGGUGGUGACAACGCAAAUUAUCGCAAAUGGUACUUCGCCGCCCAUCUCGAUCUCGAUGAUGCUGUUGGAUUCGCCAACAUGAAGGGAAAAGGGCUUCGGCGCACACGAAAGAAGAAGAAGAAGAACGACGAAGAAGGUCAGACGGAAGCGGAAAUUCUCCAGGGUAUGGAAGGCGAUGAUAGCCUAGAGGCCGCGGAAUUCCGCUGGAAAACACGGAUGAACCGCAUGUCACAACAUGAUCGCGUCCGGCAAAUCGCCCUCUACCUGCUUUGCUGGGGCGAGGCAAACCAGGUCAGGUUUAUGGCGGAAUGUCUGUGCUUCAUCUUCAAAUGCGCGGACGACUACCUCAACUCGCCCGCCUGCCAAAAUCUUGUCGAGCCGGUCGAAGAGUUCACCUACCUCAACAACGUCAUCACGCCUCUCUAUCAGUACAUUCGUGACCAAGGAUACGAAAUUUCCGACGGUGUUUAUGUUCGACGGGAGCGGGAUCACAACAAGACGAUUGGUUAUGAUGACUGCAACCAGCUCUUCUGGUAUCCAGAAGGCAUAGAGCGGAUAGUUCUCGAAGACAAGACCCGGCUUGUCGACAUUCCGCCAGCCGAACGCUACCUGAAGCUCAAGGAUGUCGCCUGGAAAAAGUGUUUCUUCAAGACGUACAAGGAAACUCGGUCCUGGUUCCAUCUUCUCGUCAACUUUAACCGCAUCUGGGUCAUUCAUCUGACCAUGUUUUGGUUUUACACGGCACACAAUUCACCUAGUCUAGUGCUUGGAAAUAAGUACGAGCAGCGGAAGAAUAACCAACCGCCCGGCUCUCAGCAGUGGUCCAUCGUCGGCGUAGGCGGAGGAAUUGCCUCGUUGAUCCAGAUCUUGGCCACCCUCGCAGAGUGGGCAUACGUUCCGCGACGAUGGGCCGGCGCACAACACCUCACGAAGCGGCUCCUAUUUUUGAUCGCAAUAUUUAUCAUCAACAUUGCGCCCAGUGUGUACGUUUUCGGUUUCUCGGAGCCCAUUCUCAAAGAGACCAUCGCCAAGGUUCUCGGUAUUGUCCAGUUCUUUGUUGCUGUCGCGACCUACAUCUUCUUCUCCGUGAUGCCGCUUGGCGGACUCUUCGGAAGCUACCUCACGAAGAAUUCUCGCCGAUAUGUCGCAAGCCAAACCUUUACCGCGAGCUACCCCCAGCUCUCGGGUAAUGACAGGGCAAUGUCUUACGGACUCUGGCUGCUUGUCUUUGGGGCAAAAUUCGGAGAAUCGUACGCCUUCCUGACGCUCUCGAUCCGCGAUCCUAUUCGUUAUCUGUCAAUUAUGAAGAUUGAGUGUCUCGGUGACUUUAUGAUCGGUAAGGUCCUUUGUGAGAACCAGCCUUCAAUUCUGCUUGGGCUUAUGAUCUUCACCGACCUUGUGUUCUUUUUCCUGGAUACCUACCUCUUUUACGUCCUGAUCAACACGCUGUUUUCCAUCGCGCGGUCGUUCUAUCUCGGAGCGUCAAUCUUGACGCCUUGGCGAAACGUUUACGCAAGGCUUCCAAAGCGUAUUUAUUCCAAGAUCCUAGCGACUACCGACAUGGAGAUCAAGUAUAAACCGAAGGUUCUGAUCUCCCAGAUCUGGAACGCCAUUGUGAUCUCUAUGUACCGCGAGCAUCUCCUGGCCAUUGACCACGUCCAGAAGCUUUUAUAUCAUCAGGUCCCAUCCGAACAGGAGGGAAAGCGUACUUUGCGCGCACCAACCUUCUUUGUUUCCCAGGAAGACCACUCGUUUAAGACUGAAUUUUUCCCCGCCCACAGUGAGGCUGACCGUCGUCUAUCCUUCUUUGCCCAGUCGCUUUCCACGCCCAUUCCCGAGCCCCUGCCUGUUGACAACAUGCCUACCUUUACCGUCCUUAUUCCCCACUACAGCGAGAAGAUUCUCCUAUCUCUUCGGGAGAUCAUCCGAGAGGAUGAGCCCUACUCACGAGUGACACUUCUCGAAUACCUCAAACAGCUUCACCCUCAUGAAUGGGACUGCUUUGUCAAGGAUACGAAGAUUCUUGCCGAUGAGAGUUCUCAGUUCAACGGCGACUACGAGAAGAAUGAGAAGGACUCGGCGAAGAGCAAGAUUGACGACCUACCGUUCUAUUGUAUCGGCUUCAAAUCGUCCGCCCCCGAAUACACCCUGCGCACGAGAAUCUGGGCAUCACUUCGUUCGCAAACACUUUACCGCACGGUAUCCGGGUUUAUGAACUACAGCCGUGCCAUCAAACUUCUCUACCGGGUGGAGAAUCCGGAGGUUGUGCAGAUGUUUGGUGGUAACUCAGACAAGCUUGAACGGGAACUGGAGCGUAUGGCCAGACGAAAAUUUAAGCUUUGCAUCUCGAUGCAGCGAUAUGCAAAAUUCAAGAAGGAGGAGAUGGAGAACGCGGAAUUUCUCCUCCGAGCAUAUCCGGAUCUACAGAUUGCCUAUCUGGAUGAAGAGCCACCGCUGGCGGAAGGAGAGGAACCGCGUCUCUACUCGGCACUGAUUGACGGACAUUCGGAAAUCAUGGAAAACGGUAUGAGGCGGCCAAAGUUCCGUAUCCAACUUUCGGGAAAUCCGGUUUUGGGAGAUGGCAAGUCAGACAACCAGAACCACUCACUGAUAUUUUACCGUGGUGAGUAUAUUCAACUUAUCGACGCCAACCAGGACAACUAUCUGGAAGAAUGUCUUAAGAUCCGAAGUGUUCUUGCCGAGUUUGAGGAGAUGAAGGUCGACAACGUGUCCCCCUACACCCCCGGAGUGAAAAGUCCAGUCAAGCAUCCGGUGGCCAUCCUAGGCGCUCGCGAGUACAUUUUCUCGGAAAAUAUCGGUAUUCUCGGCGACGUUGCGGCAGGAAAGGAGCAGACGUUCGGUACCCUGUUCGCGCGUACACUGGCCCAAAUCGGUGGCAAACUUCACUAUGGACAUCCGGAUUUCCUCAACGGCAUUUUCAUGACGACCCGAGGUGGUGUUUCCAAGGCGCAGAAGGGUCUACAUUUGAAUGAAGACAUUUACGCUGGCAUGAAUGCCAGUCUUCGAGGAGGUCGCAUCAAGCACUGUGAAUAUUACCAGUGUGGCAAGGGUCGUGACCUUGGCUUUGGGUCCAUUCUGAACUUCACAACCAAGAUUGGAACGGGCAUGGGUGAACAGAUGCUCUCCCGAGAAUACUAUUAUCUUGGCACCCAGCUGCCGCUCGACAGAUUCCUCUCGUUCUACUACGCCCACGCCGGUUUCCACUUGAACAAUAUGUUUAUCAUGCUCUCGGUGCAAAUGUUCAUGAUCACCUUGCUCAAUCUCGGUGCCCUGAAGCACGAAACGAUAGCGUGCAAUUACAACCCGGAUGUUCCCAUCACCGACGCCCUCCUGCCCACCGGGUGCGCCAACACCGACGCCUUGACCGAUUGGGUGUACCGCUGCGUUUGGUCAAUCUUCUUCGUCGCAUUCCUGGCCUUCAUUCCUCUCGUAGUCCAGGAAGCGACGGAACGUGGUGUCUGGCGUGCGGCAACACGACUCGCGAAACAACUGUUUUCAUUCUCGUUGUUCUUUGAGGUUUUCGUUACCCAAAUUUACGCCAACUCCGUCCAGCAAGACUUGUCUUUUGGUGGUGCUAGGUACAUAGGAACCGGUCGUGGCUUUGCCACGGCACGCAUCCCGUUCGGCGUGUUGUAUUCGAGAUUCGCCGGGCCGUCGAUCUACUUCGGCGCCAGAUUGCUUAUGAUGUUGCUUUUUGCCACGGUCACUAUAUGGCAGGCAGCCUUGACGUACUUCUGGGUCUCUAUGCUAGCCCUUGUCGUCUCGCCCUUCAUGUUCAAUCCUCAUCAGUUCGCCUGGAAUGACUUCUUCAUCGACUACCGAGACUUCCUUCGCUGGCUGUCGCGAGGCAACUCGAGAUCUCAUGCAUCGUCCUGGAUCGCCUUCUGCCGGCUCUCCCGAACACGGAUUACUGGGUACAAGAGGAAGGCUCUCGGCGAUCCCUCCAAAAAGAUGUCAGCAGAUGUCCCUCGAGCCGCUAUCACCAAUCUCUUUUUCGGGGAGAUUCUUGUGCCCCUACUGCUCGUGGUCGUGACCCUGAUUCCUUACCUCUAUAUCAACGCCCAGACAGGAGUCAGCGAGGGGGCCGAGGACACCAACGGCCCCACCAACUCACUUAUCAGGAUCGCCAUUGUCGCUUUCGGCCCGAUCGCCAUCAAUGCGGGUACCUUUGUUCUGGCUGCCAUCGCUCAUGGUGUUGCCGUUGUCAUGCUUUUGGUCUUCUUCGAGGUCAUGUUCUUCCUCGAGGGAUUCCACUUCCCGAGGACCCUAGCCGGCAUGAUUGCCGUCGUGGCCAUCCAGCGAUUCGUCUUCAAACUCAUAAUCAGUCUGGCGCUCACGCGUGAGUUUAAGACGGAUCAGGCAAAUAUCGCCUUCUGGACCGGCAAGUGGUACUCCAUGGGUUGGCAUUCCGUAUCACAGCCUGCACGAGAAUUCCUGUGCAAGAUUACCGAGUUGAGCAUGUUUGCUGCCGACUUCAUCCUUGGACACAUUCUGCUCUUCCUCAUGCUCCCCGUCAUCUUGAUUCCCAAGGUUGACAUGAUCCACUCAAUGAUGCUCUUCUGGUUGCGACCUAGCCGCCAAAUUCGGCCUCCGAUAUAUUCGAUGAAGCAAACCAAGCUAAGACGUCGGCGUGUAAUCCGAUAUGCAAUCCUCUAUUUCGUCAUGCUUGUCGUCAUCCUUGGCUUGAUUGUUGGACCCACCGUCGCAGGGUCCAAGAUUACAACAAAUCUGUCAAUGCUUAAGGAUUUGAAGCUUGUCCAACCUGUCAACCAGAAUAACAACAAUACCAGUGCGGAACCAACGGGCGGAAGCACGGACGCAGAGCAGGCUGAUGUCACGCAAGACGAUGAGGAGGACAACUUGACGAAAUUGAAGUUCCUACUUAUCUAA